AUGUGCCCUCAGGAGAAGCCCCCUGGCCGGCUCCUCUUCCUGCAGUACGUGGUGCAGACCCUGGAGGACGACUUCCAGCAGAACCUGAGGUUGCGCCUGCUGCAGAAGUCGAUUGCCAAGAAAGUGCUUUCAUGUGACAUGUGCUUCAACAAUGUCAAGGAGGUGGUCGAAUGGUUGGUUGCAGCAGUUACAGGAGUCGGAUUCUCCCAGCCCCGGGAGCAGCCGCAAGAAACUACAUCCUCUUCAGCAGAAGCAAGGGCUGAACACAGCUCAUCUGCACCAUGGCUGGCCAGCACUGACCAGGCAGAGGUGGCUCCACCAGCUUUCUUCGCCCAGAAGGUGAUGCUCCUGCUCCAGCGGAUGCUGUCCAUCGCAGUGGAAGUGGACAAAUCUCCCAACUGCAGCUCCUGUAAUGCAGAUGUGAUAUUCCCGUUUAUACUGAAUAUUCCCCUGAGGAGCCAAAGGGAAGCUUUCUUAAACACCAUGGAGAGCCAGCUCCUGCGCUGCAAACUGCUAGAACUGUUGUUCCAGCAUAGUUGCGACGUGCCCACGACCUUGCCCUUGUCUCUGGCCAAGAUCCUGUAUUUCCUGAGCCACUCCUCUGUGCUGCUGCAAUACCAGGAUGAAACAGCAACAUGGCAAAGAUGGGAUGAGAUGCUGCAGUACUUGAGUUUGCUGCUGAUGAGCUACCAAAAUGUAAUACUGGAGCACUUACGGAGCUCACUCAACGACCGGAUGGACUUGAUCAUUCAGAAAGCCAAGCCCAAGCUCCAGGACAGCGAUAACAUCAGCCACACGGACAUUCAACUGGAGAUAGAGGACUUCAUCAGCCGAAUGCAGCAGGUCCUGGGGCAGCCUUUUCCCCUGCAGAUCAUGGAGAAAUUGUGCAUGCUUCGGGAGUUGUUCCUCAUCAUCACUGCUACCUGAUGGAGACGACCACUGUGGCAGGGGGCACAAAGAGCUUCGUGUUUCCUCUACAAAACCCCAUCAAAACCCCCAUCUCAUGCUGCAGUCUCAAGUGUCAUACGUCACGUGGGUUUGUACAUUUCUUUGGAAAAAUGUCUGGUUUACAUGGUCUCAAUUUCCUUUCAAACUUGCCUCAUCCUACAGUUUUACAAGGCACUUUGUAAACUUUUAAAAAAUAAAUUAUUUUCAU